UCACAGGAGCAUUAAUGGUCAUUGAAAUUAUGAGACUAUCAUUCAAAUGGAAGCAUUAUAGUUCUUCGGAACCAUUAUGAUCUCAAAAGAAAAGGAGAGUGAUACAGAUACUGGCUGAGGUGUUUUGUGCAUCGAAGUGUUCCAAGCUGUGACUUACAUUAACAUGUUCUUGAAGUACCAUGGCGUGGAUUAAAAGGAAAUUUGGUGAGCGGCCUCCACCUAAACGACUCACUAGGGAAGCUAUGCGAAAUUAUUUAAAAGAGCGAGGGGAUCAAACAGUACUUAUUCUUCAUGCAAAAGUUGCACAGAAGUCAUAUGGAAAUGAAAAAAGGUUUUUUUGCCCUCCGCCUUGUGUAUAUCUUAUGGGCAGUGGAUGGAAGAAAAAAAAAGAACAAAUGGAACGCGAUGGUUGUUCUGAGCAAGAGUCUCAGCCAUGUGCAUUUAUUGGAAUAGGAAAUAGUGACCAAGAAAUGCAGCAGUUGAACUUGGAAGGAAAGAACUAUUGCACAGCCAAGACAUUGUACAUAUCUGACUCAGACAAGAGAAAACACUUCAUGUUAUCUGUAAAGAUGUUCUAUGGCAACAGCGAUGACAUUGGUGUGUUCCUCAGCAAGCGUAUAAAAGUCAUCUCCAAACCUUCCAAGAAGAAGCAGUCAUUGAAAAAUGCUGACUUAUGCAUUGCCUCAGGAACAAAGGUGGCUUUGUUUAAUCGGCUUCGAUCCCAGACAGUUAGUACCAGAUACUUGCAUGUAGAAGGAGGUAAUUUCCAUGCCAGUUCACAGCAGUGGGGAGCAUUUUACAUUCAUCUCUUGGAUGAUGAUGAAUCAGAAGGAGAAGAAUUCACAGUCCGAGAUGGUUACAUCCAUUAUGGACAAACAGUCAAACUUGUGUGUUCAGUUACUGGCAUGGCACUCCCGAGAUUGAUAAUUAGGAAAGUUGAUAAGCAGACAGCAUUAUUGGAUGCAGACGAUCCUGUGUCACAACUACAUAAAUGUGCAUUUUACCUUAAGGAUACAGAAAGAAUGUACUUGUGCCUUUCUCAAGAAAGAAUAAUCCAAUUUCAGGCCACUCCAUGCCCGAAAGAACCAAAUAAAGAGAUGAUAAAUGAUGGAGCUUCGUGGACAAUCAUUAGCACAGAUAAGGCAGAGUAUACAUUUUACGAAGGAAUGGGCCCUGUCCUUGCCCCAGUCACCCCUGUGCCUGUCGUAGAAAGCCUUCAGUUGAAUGGCGGCGGGGAUGUAGCAAUGCUUGAACUUACAGGACAGAAUUUCACUCCAAAUUUACGAGUAUGGUUUGGGGAUGUAGAAGCUGAAACUAUGUACAGAUGUGGAGAGAGCAUGCUCUGUGUCGUCCCAGAUAUUUCUGCAUUCCGAGAAGGUUGGAGGUGGGUCCGGCAGCCAGUCCAGGUUCCAGUAACUUUGGUCCGCAAUGACGGGAUCAUUUAUUCCACCAGCCUUACCUUUACCUACACGCCAGAGCCAGGGCCGAGGCCGCACUGCAGUGCUGCGGGAGCCAUCCUUCGAGCCAGCUCAAGCCAAGUGCCCGCCAAUGAAUCAAACACAAACAGCGAGGGGAGUUACACAAAUGCCAGCACAAAUUCAACCAGCGUCACAUCAUCUACAGCAACUGUGGUGUCCUAACCACCGUCUUUUUGCUAGGACUUUAAACUGACCUGAGUGCAGCAAAAAGUUGUCAAAAAAACGAAAGAAUGAGUGAACAAUCUUUUGUGGUUUCUUGGGAAAACUUUUCGUACCAAGUGAUACUAUUCAAAAACCCUGUUACCUGCAAGUGCUGAUUUGAGAUGCAGAAGCCACAGUAAAACAAAACAAAACAAAACCCAUCAAAAUGUACAAACUAUUGGAGAUUGAGUUUUUCAGCUGUUUUUUUUGUUGUUAUUGUUGUUGUUGUUGUUACUGUUUGGUUGGUUUUUCUUUGAUUUUGUUUAAAUGAGCAAAAAAAUAGAUACGUGGCUGGUAUAAAAGUUAAGCAAACUAGAAGACAAAAAUCUAACAUAGUUUUUAUGGACCAAGGAACUUAUAUAAGCUUUAUUAGUAAAAGGUACAUUUUCACCAUACCUUUUUUUAUAUCACAGUAUAUAGUACAUCUUGUUACCAAAUAGGUUGUUCUCCCUGCCCUCUUUGAGCUUUUGCUCUGAAGUACAUUUGGGUUCCAAGCUUGACCAUGCUUGUUUAAUAAAUUACCAUCCCCUUCCAGGUUCUUUGGUCUAAGGCUGGAACUUUUUUUUAAAGCUGAAGUCUUCCGACUUUUCAUGAGUCAAAAUUGUUCUGAUUUCAGCAAUUCAAAUCUUGUAAAGGUCUGCAUAUGUUUUUUAAGAUUAUAUGAAGUCCAUGCAAAAGCUUUAAAGACAAUGCCUCUGCCUUGCCUGCAAUACAUGCAAUGUAUGUUAACUUAGUCUCCUUCUUUAGUCACCGUUGGCAGUUAUUUGUGUUUUCCUUUUUUUAAAUGUAUUUAUAGUGGUAAUCCAAGAAGUUCUAACAUUCACAUGGAAUUCAGUGUGUUUGUGUAGUCAUUAACAAGUUAAUGGCACAGAAUUUGUUGGAAUUUGGAGUGUCCGCUCACCUUUUCCAAACAGAAGACAUCUGUGUGUUCCAGAAUUGCUUCAGUUUUUCCUUCCUGCUAAUGUUGUGUAUAACUUGUAUUAUGUGUAAGUUAAACUUUGUUUUUUUUGUUUUGUUUUUUAACUUGGAGUGCUCCCAGUGAUUUUAUUCAGCAGGGUGUCUUCUUCUGCCUUGUUGGAAAAUGAUUUUUAAAAAUCAUGAGAAGUAUUUGCUACAAAGUGGUAGAUGGUGCCCUUCCAGUAGAAUGAGGAAAAUCUCAGCAAAAUAUGUUGUAUUACUUUUUUUUUGCCUAGGCCAGAACAUCAUUGUAAUCUUGAAACAUAAGAUGCUUUUAUUAAGUAGAAUAGCUGGAAAACAGUACCUUAGGGGGAGAGAUGGUUGGAAGAUUAUAAAAAUGCAAAUGUAACUUAUAUUUCCAUUUUUCUUCUGCCUUCUUUGUUCUCUCUUCCCCAGUCCUGAGUGUCUCUACUGAUGUCCCCACUUAGGAAGUGUGCGUUCUCUUUUCAGUUAGGGUUUGGUUGCAUUCAGGGCUGUGCACAGCCUUGUGUGCUUAUCUCACCAGUUUUGCUUCCAUUCCCACACUGUGGUUAUUACACCUUUGUUCAGUUUCUUGCAAAUUGCAGCAAACUCAUUGAGCAACAUUAGUACAGGAACUGUGUGUGUAACAUUACAGGACACAGUUUAGUGAUACAAUCAUCCUUCUUAGAGUAAAAACUACCUCUAGAUUGUGGUAAGCUUUUACUGUCCCAUAAAACAGGAGCCACAAGUACCUUAAGAAUGCAAAACUGUAACUUCUCUAGUGUUCCCAGUGUCUUGCUAGUGUCCUGGGCUGUUUUGAGUUUCUUUUUUUUUGGUACUGGGGAUCAAACUCGGGCCCUUGCACUUAGCGAGGCAGGCA